UCAGAAUGGAAACCAAUCAACUUGAAAAGCUGCUCCCUCUAAGGCAUGACCAAGGAUGCUACUUGGAAAUUUCUCAAUAAAUGGAUAGAGUAGGAAUUUGUAAGAAAUCAGUGUGCAUCAGUUAGCAAAUACUUUGAGAGAUACUCUCUGGAGGAGAGCCUUACAACAAAUUUAGCUUGAAACCUGAAGAAACGUGCUUGUGUCUGCCAGGAUGAUAUAGAUAUUCCAGAUUCACCAGAAAGGCGGUGGGAUCAUCAGAAUAUAGGAAAUAGCGUACUGGUAGGUUUUUGUUUCUCUCUACUUCUCUGCUAUAGUUGGUGCCAUUAUGGCAAAGAACAUUCUGGUGACUGGUGGUGCUGGUUUUAUUGGAACCCACACAGUGCUGCAGCUGCUAUUGGCGGGUUAUAAUGCAGUGGUGGUGGACAAUCUCAAUAAUUCCUCUGAUAUUGCCAUCAGAAGAGUCAAAGAACUCGCCGGCGAAUACGGCAACAACCUUGACUUUCACCAGCUGGACCUUCGAGACAAAGCAGCUUUGCAAAAACUUUUUACAGAAACAAAGUUUGAUGCUGUAAUACACUUUGCUGGAUUGAAAGCAGUGGGUGAAAGCAUGAAGAAACCAUUGCUGUAUUACAACAACAAUCUCAUUGGAGCAAUCACCUUAUUGGAAGUCAUGGCUCUAAAUGGAUGCAAAAAUCUUGUCUUCUCAUCAUCAGCUACUGUUUAUGGUUGGCCAAAGGAGGUUCCAUGUACAGAAGACUUUCCUUUGGCUGCAAUCAAUCCUUAUGGACGAACCAAGCCUUUCAUUGAACAGAUUUGUCGAGACAUCCAACAUGCGGACCAAGAAUGGAACAUCAUAUUGCUAAGAUACUUUAAUCCUGUCGGUGCACACCCCAGUGGCUAUAUCGGAGAAGAUCCCCGUGGAACACCAAACAAUCUCAUGCCUUACAUUCAGCAGGUUGCUGUUGGCAGGCGACCUGCCUUGACUGUAUUUGGGAAUGAUUAUUCCACCAAGGAUGGAACUGGGGUACGUGAUUACAUACAUGUUGUGGAUUUAGCAGAAGGUCACAUUGCGGCACUGCGAAAACUAUGCGAUCCCAAAAUAGGCUGUGAGGUCUACAACUUAGGUACAGGAAAAGGAACAUCAGUUUUGGAGAUCGUUGCUGCAUUUGAAAAGGCAUCUGGGAAGAAAAUUCCUCUUGUAAUGGCUGGCAGGCGACCCGGUGAUGGUGAAAUAGUUUAUGCUUCAACAGAGAAGGCAGAGCGUGAGCUGAAUUGGAAAGCUAAAUACGGCAUUGAAGACAUGUGCAGGGACCAAUGGAACUGGGCCAACAAGAACCCUUAUGGCUAUCAAUCUCCGCCGGAGUAAGCUGAUAACUUUUCGUGCUUUUUCACGGGCUUGCCCUGUUCCUGAAGCCUUUUUCAGAUUUAAGUUGCCGAACGUUUGUGGGAAAUCUUUUAAUCUGUCAUUAACGUGUUACUACUGAAAUAAAAUUGUAAUGACCCAUAGAUUUGGCAUGAUCAUAUCCUAAUUGUUGAUAAUUGUGACUCAUUACUUGCAUAAAACAUGGUGUCACAAGUCGAAUCCAAAUCUUCUACCUCCAUUUUGUACCCCAACUCAAAUCUCAAUUUUCUGCCUCUAUUUCCUAUCUCAUUCUGUAUUCCAACUCUCACAAAACACCACUUGUCUCCCGUUUUAUUCCUUAAUAAUACAUGUUUGGGCUUAAGUUUUUUUUC